CGUUCCUUUGAUUUCACACGAAAAGUUAGUGUUUGUCUAACAUGCAAUUCUACUCCAGAAAAGGGUCAUGAGAAAGGUGAUUUUCUUUUGGCGUAAGACUCUUAGAUGGGCAGUAUUUCUUCCAGUGGUUCUGUUUGUAGUUAUAAAGAUAAAUUUCAUGAUAAAGCAACCUAGUGAAGAUGAUGAACUUUCAGUUCGAAAGGAAAGAGAGAAAAGAUGGGGUAUUGAAAAGCGUCAGCUUUACAGAAGAGAAAGAGUGAAAAACGAGUGCCAAAGUCAUAAAGCAAAACGUCUCCCCAUUACUCUGAAGAAACGUGCACUUAGAAACCUGAUCGUCAACGAUAAACAUCGUUUCAUAUUUUGCGACAUUCCAAAAGUUGCCUCUUCGAAUUGGAAAAGAGUGUUUAUUACUUUGAAUGGUCACAGCCAUUCACCGUGGAACAUUAAAUCCAGUGAUGCUCACAACAGGACAAAAAGGCUUCUACGUUAUCUGCACGAGUACAGCGCAUCGGAGAUUGCCGUAAGGUUGAAAACCUAUUAUAAGUUCAUCUUUGUGCGUGACCCAUAUGAAAGGCUGGCAGCGACGUACCGGAACAAAUUUGUGGAAUCUUACAAUUUGACAUGGUUUAAGAGGGUCUAUGGGCGCCGUAUGAUUAACAAGUUUCGGCAUAAGCGGUCAAAAAAUACUGAUAUUUCUUUCACGGAAUUUGCACGCUAUAUUUUGUACGGGCGAUUAAACAAUGGCCAUUGGGCAACGUACAAUGAAUUGUGUCAUCCAUGCGCAAUAGAGUAUAAUUUUAUUGGCUAUUUAGACAAAAUAGCACAAGAUUCACGUGACGUUAUACGAAUACUUGGCAUACACAAUCAAGUGCAAUUUCCCUUGAACAUUUCUUCUGGUUAUAAGGUCUCGAGUAUGACGCUCAGACAUAAAUAUUUCACGCAAUUGCCAAAGAAGUAUAAAAGAAGACUGUAUAGGAAGUACAAACGUGAUUUCAAGCAAUUUGGCUUUGUUAAACCAACAUUGGUUUGAGAGCUACCGAUUAACGUCCUAUUUUAUGAACAAAUUGUGAAUAAAAUGGUUCAUCUUAUUGUCUGUGGAAAUCAGUUUCAAUGACACAAGUUUCUGACUCAGUAAUGUAUGAAAGACACGCCAUAAAGUAUUUAAGCAAGAUAAAAUGAUGUGACGCAAAUACGUCAUCAUGAUGUAAUAAAACUUAUAACCGAGUAUGCAAAUACACUCUUGGGAUAUUUUAA